AUGUCUCUGCCUUGUGUUCCCAGGAAUGGACACAAUGUCAGAGUCACAAGUGCCAUGUUCCCAAGUCUUGGAACACAGGAAAAGGAGGUUCUGCCUGGCUGGCUGGAGAAUCUGAGGAGGAAAUGGCAAGAGGAAGCAAGGAAGCCAUGGCAAGCAAGGUCCCCAGGGCCGAGGAGGGGAAGUGCCCUGCUUCUGCCUCUGUUUCUCAUCUGCUUCUUCUCAGGGGCAAUGAGGCAUGUGGAGUCGGCCCGGGAGUUCACGCUCAUCAACCAGUGCAAGACGGAGGUGUGGCCGGCGGUGACGCCGGGCGAGAGCUUCGGGGGCGGCGGGUACGCGCUCCGCGCUGGCGAUUCGGUGGUGUUCACCGCCCCCGUGGGGUGGUCGGGCCGCGUGUGGGGCCGCACCGGCUGCACCUUCGACUCGGCCGGCAACGGCACGUGCGAGACGGGCGGGUGCGGCACGUCGCUGCAGUGCGAAUCGGCAUCGGGGGCCGCUCCGGCGACGCUGGCGGAGUUCACGCUGGCGGCGACUGACUACUACGACGUGAGCCUGGUGGACGGCUUCAACCUCCCCGUGGUGGUGACCCCGACCCCCACAAGCGCCAACUGGACGGGCUGCGCGCCGGCGGGGUGCGACGGCGACCUGCGCCGCGGCUGCCCAUCGGAGCUGGCCGUGAAGGGAGAUGGCGGGAAGGUGGUGGCGUGCCGGAGCGCGUGUGACGUGUUCGGGACCGACCAGUACUGCUGCCGCGGGCAGUACGCCAACCCGGUGGCCUGCCAGCCGACCUUCUACUCGAAGAAGUUCAAGGCGGCGUGCCCAGCCGCCUACAGCUACGCCUACGACGACCCCUCCUCCAUCUUCACCUGCGCCCAGUCGCCCGACUACACCAUCACCUUCUGCUCCAGCAACAUGAAGCAAUCGGUGUGCUCGUACCGCGACAGCCGGCUCGUCUGCAGCGGCUCGGGCAGGAGCACCUCAUCUCCACUAAUGCUUGUGAUGCUGCUGCUUCUCUGCAGCUUCCUGUCGUUGCAAUUUGCAUCCCCAGUGUGA